AUGAGGCUCUUCAAAGGAUUUCGCCGAGUCGUUGACAAAAUACUCAAUACCAGAUCAAGUGCCUCGCAUCUAUUUUCACUUGUAACAUAUGAAGGGACACACAGUGAGAUCCAACAAGGAAGAUACAUCUUCCCCGCCGAAAACGAACAGCAUGAAGCCACCUUCCUGGGUUUCCCAUCUCGCUCCUCCCUUCCCCCUGACAAAUACGACGCAGUUUGCAUCGAGCUAGCAGAGCUCGCUACUGCCAUCGCAGAAUUCGAGCCAGUCCGCAUCUACGUGCGCCCGGCUGACAAGACGCUCUUGGAGUCCCUGCUUCAAAACACUGGCAAGGAUCUCUCAUGCGUGACUGUCAUCCCUUGCCCAAUCAACCAUUCUUGGGUCCGCGACACGGGACCAGUCUACGUCCGUGACGCGACGGGCAAGUUCUCCGAUCGACGUUUCGCAAUAAACUUUCGUUUCAACGAGUGGGGCGGCAAGAAGCCUGACGGGGAUGGUCUAUGCUGGGGUCAGCGAUGGCCGCCGUUGGAUGAUAAGGCUCUUCAAGAAAACACGGACUUUGCACGUUGGGUCAUUGAUCAUGACUGUGAGCCUGGUCCUGUGACUCGGAUUGAUUCUCCGCUUCGUGCCGAAGGAGGUGCGUUCGUGACGGAUGGGGAAGGGACAUUGUUGAUCACGGAGAGCAGUAUUAUCUGUGACAUGCGCAAUCCUGGAAUGUCCAAAGCAAGGAUUGAGGGUGAGCUGAAACGAUUACUGGGAAUUCAAAAAGUCAUCUGGUUCCCCGGUCGACGUAACGUCAAUAUCACGGAUGUGCAUAUAGCUACCAAGGCGCGCUUUGUUCGACCUGGUGUCAUCGUCUAUUCUAAACCUCAUCAUAUGGCCGUCGAUGUAUGGAAAGAGAUCUCCGCAGAAAUCUGGGAGAUUUUAGGUCGUGAACGAGAUUCGAAUGGUCGAACUCUGCAGAUCCAUACUAUCGAAGAGCCGGAUCCUCGGGGCUUGACGAGUAGUGUCGAUGAUGAACUCUCAGCUAGCUAUGUGAAUUUCUACUUUGUCAAUGGGGGACUGAUCAUUCCUAAGUUUGGGGAUGAAGAGAGAGACCAGAAAGCUCUUGAGCUCCUGUCAUCCUUGGUGCCAGAUCGAGUCGUUCGGCAGGUAUAUACUAACGCUAUUUCUUUGACUGGAGGUGUGCUGCAUCGAGUGACCCAACAAGUGCCAUUUAUGAAGCGAUAA